GCGCAUCAAUCAUCGUUCUCCACUAGAGCAUCAAAUUACUCCGCGAAAUAGCUUCGUAUCGUUGGAGAGGGAGAGGCUGAAAGCCAGCGUCUGAGCAAGAAAGAAAAUGGAGAAGCUGAAAUCUCUUGUUCCCAUCCAUUUGAAGCAGACAAUCUCCGGUGCAACUCCGGACGAUCUCCCUCGCACGUGCUCCUCACUUCUCGACUUCUUCCUCUCUUCUCCUCGUUUCCACCAGAUUGUCGGAGAAGUAACGGACCGAGAGAUGGGGCUAUGUCGUAAGAACGCAGCGUCUGCUUUGGAUUGGAAGCGGAAAGGGAAUGAAUGCUUUUCGAGAGGAGAUUUCAUCAAUGCUUUGAGAUUCUACAGUCAGGCAUUGCGUUUCUCUCCGAUGAAUGCUGAUGAGAUGGACAAGGACUUUGUGGCGACAAUCUUUGUAAAUCGAGCUACUUCCAUGCAUAAAAUGGGCCUCUUGAAAGAAUGCAUAAGAGACUGCAAUCGAGCUUUGGUGCUUUCCCCUUCCUAUGCGAAGGCAUGGUACAGGAGAGGCGAGGCAAACGCUUCUUUUGGAAACUUUGACGAUGCAAUCAAUGAUUUGAAUGUUUCCUUGAGCAUUGAAGGCUCUUCGGCAGGGAAAAAGCGAAUAAAGGUUAAGAUUGAAACCAUAUCAAGUCAUUGUCAGAAGGUGAGUGGGACAAGCAACUCUUGUAAUGAAGACAAUGAGAACAACUCAGGAUCUUUUGUUGAGCUGUACCAUGUAAGACUACAAUGCGUCUCAACAUCAGAUAAGGGAAGGGGUAUGACUUCAUUAGACAACCUCCCUCCAGCUUCCUUGGUUCUUUGUGAAGAACCAUAUGCUGCGAUCAUAUUGAAACACUCUCGUGAAACUCACUGCCACUUCUGCUUCAAUGAACUUCCAGCAGAUAGUUUACCCUGUUCAUCAUGUACAAUUUCAGUGUACUGCUCCCAGCAUUGCCAAGAACAGGCAGGAGGGAUACGAUCUUGGAACAGUCACCUCAAACAUACUAUGCAUGAGAACAUAUCAGCCGAACUUGAAAGUUACGUUAGACGCAUUAUCUUGGGCAAUAAUUCAGAACAUGGUGUAGUUGAUGCUGGCCUUGACCAAAUCCCUGAACAUGUGCAUGAAUGUGGAGGUGUGCAUUGGCCUGUAAUUUUACCGCCUGACAUCGUUUUGGCAGGUCGAGUUUUGGCCAAGUCUAUAGAGAAAGAAAGGCAUUCUAGGGGGUCCCUUAAGCCCAUGGAACAUUUGGAUCUCUGCCACAAUUAUGUGCAAUUGCCUUCGGAAAGCAAACUGGAGCUGCACAUUUAUGCUAUUGCACUUGCUUAUUGUCUUCAGGACUCUUAUGGCUCUGAAUUUCCACUGACUGGAACUUCUGCUUCACAGUUGGUUAUACUCAUAUCUCAAAUCAGGGUCAAUUCUAUGGCGGUUGUCCGGAUGAAGUCAUCAGAGUCGUAUGGACCACUGGAGCAGUUAGGAAAGCUUUCAGCUAAAUAUGAUGCUUUAACCAGCAGUGUAGAACAGGUCAGAGUAGGUCAAGCUAUUUAUGCAACCGGUAGUUUGUUUAAUCAUUCAUGCCAGCCAAAUGUUCAUGCUUAUUUCCUUUCACGCACGCUCUUUAUCCGUUCAACAGAGUCUGUGCCAAAAGGAUGUAUGCUCGAGCUAUCUUAUGGCCCGCAGGUUGGGCAGUGGGGCCUUAACAAUAGGCAACAACUGCUGGAAGAUCAAUACUCAUUUAAAUGCCAGUGCAGUGGUUGUUCAGAACUAAAUCUGUCCGACCUUGUUAUACAUGCUUUUAGAUGCGUGAAACCUGAUUGUCUUGGCGUGGUCUUUGACAACUGUAUUGUAAAGCAUGAAAAAAUAGAAGCUGAUUUCUCGCAUGAUGCUUCUGUUUUCCGUAGCUUGAAGCAUUUGCCGCCGGUUGGCAAAAAGGAUAGAGAAGCCAUCAACGAAGUGGCUCACCUCUUGUUUAAAAGAACUGAUAGCAUGCUUAAAACUGGACCUGGAUACUGUUUGAGUUGCGGGUCUUAUCGCGAUCUAGAAUCCUCACAUUCAACAGCUAAGAAUGCUCUGAUGAAUGUCCAAAGGUUGCAGGAAGCAGUCAGUUCAAAGCAAGUUUCAGCCAAAAUACUCUCAGAUGCUUUGAAAUCCUUCAAUCUCCUGAGAUCGACAGUGCAUGCAUAUAGCAAGGACAUUGCCCAGGCAGAGGAUAGUCUUGCAGAGGCAUUUUCUUUGAUUGGAGAAUUUCAACCCGCAAUCUGCCACUGCAUAGCAUCAAUUGAGAUCCUUGAAAAGCUAUACCAUGCCAGCCACGUCAUCAUUGGAAAUGAGUUGGUGAAGCUAGCAUCCAUUCAGCUCUCAUUCAAUGAUCGUGCUUCUGCAAUGGAUACCAUAAAACGGUUCGAUGCAAUAUUUUCAUUGUAUUAUGGAUCUCACACGCCGAAACUAUUUCCAUAUUUGGAAAAUCUCAAAAGAGAAGUUCUCAAGCUCGCUCCAUAAUGAGAAACCUUCCGUUUUAUCUGUUCAGGGUUGAAUAUUUAAUCCAAUUGUUUUUCUGGGCAUCCCCCAUCCAAGGUUAACAAUAAGAAAUAAAUGGUUUGGGUCGUUGAAAGAAACCCAAUCCAAUGCCUAGAGUGCUGAUGCAUCUUGUUGUAAUACGUCAGAUGCAUUCAGCCAAACCUCUAGUUGGAAAGAAGUUCCUUUGGAACAGCUUUCUAAAUAAAAAGCAAGUGCAGAAUGAUUGCUAUUGUGCAAUUCAUUGUGUAAGGCUCCAUUUGGGUAAGAGAUUCUGCAAAAUCAGGAUUAAGCCUAAAACCCUUCUUGGUGGGUCCCAUUACUCCCAAGUCAGGUUAGCAUCGCUUUAGCAUGCUUUCUUCUUUUUAACCACAAGUUUGCAAGUUUUCAGAGAAAGUAAAUAGGCUAAAAGUUGUGAUUAAGCAGAACCAAGCAGCCAGAAUCUGACAUGGUGGGUAUGGAGCCUGCCUAGAUCCUGAUUGUGAGGGACCCCCCUAUACAAACGGAGCCUAAAAGUUCUAUGCAAUUCCCUCAUGGUACACAUGGCAAACAUGCCUGGUGAUCCGGAUUGUUGAUCUGAUGGGCCUCCGUGUGGAUGGUAUGUAGGCCAAAAAUUGCAGUGCGGGUAAAUCAGCCCAUCCAAUUGUCGGUUUUGCCGGUUAAA